UUCUGGUAGUUUGCCUUCUGAGGAAUGGUUUUUUGUGACCACCCAUGCCCACUAUGGCAGCCAUUUUAUGAAUGAGCCAUUUUAUGAGAGCACCCACAACAUUCUUUCAGCAUUCCAAAUGUGCGCACCAAGCCAAACAGCUUAGGGACUCUUGCUCUAAGUCGACCCAGAAGUUGGGCAGUUCUGUAUAUACAGAUGGAUCUAACUUUUAUGAGUUUAUCUUAACUGGGUGUGAAACCUGGAAAGUCUACAAGAAAUGCAGAUUCUUCAACAAUCACAUGAAUGUGGAAAGGGGUUCCCUAAAGUCAGAAGGCUGAAGAACAGGUAACCUCUAUCAUACUAAAAUUGCCUGCAACCAAGAGACAACGUUUUUUUAAAGAAGAGGAGGUAAAAAAGGAAGGAAGAAAGUAAGAAAACAAGAAAGCAAGCUGCAAUCUUUGUGCAAAACUUUUGAAAGCCCUAAUGCACCAUAUGGCAGGAAAGGAGGCUUUUUCUGGCUCCUGCUAAAGCCAUUUUCCAUUUGUAAAUGCAUUUUUUGUUUCAUUAUUAAUGACUUCAGCUCCCUUUCUCAAAAGAAACUCAGAAAACCACAGUCCUGAUCACUCAAGGUGGAUCCCCCUACAAGGCAGAAACACAGAGUUGAAAUGUCUGGUUGUUGUACAGCAAAUCUUUAUUUAUAUUUUACAGAUGCCAGCAUAUUAGGUUGGUGACAUCAAGCUUUUUCUCUAUAGUCAUAUCAGGAACUGCAGCGCCCACCUGAACAUUUCCUUCACAUUCUGUUUAUGAACGCUGCUUCUUGAUUUGGCCCAUUAUGUAUUUCGUUACAGCAUUUCUGGGCCACUCCACAUCCAGACAGAUUCCAGAGUGGUGAACUCUAUGAGGUUAAAAUAAGCAAAAGAAUAAAAAUGCAUUAAAAACAUUGUUAAAAGAUGGUAUUAAGACCAAAGCUGCUCAGCACAAAAGGCUUCCCAGAAGAGGAAUGUCUAGCUGGCACUGAAGACAGCACGGAGUUGGUGUCUGUCUAUCUGCCUGAUAUGGGAGUUCCAUAGAAAUAUGGAAGUCAACAGACUGAAGACUUUCCCCCUGGUGGAAUCCAAUCAGGCCAGGGAUCUGUGAGGACUACCAGGAGAAUGAUGACCUCAACAAUUGGGCAGGGACUGUGCGGAGUUGCAAAGCGAUCCCUCCAGACCGGGUGAAUGAGCAUCAAAAUGGCGCAUGGCCAGUCUGUGUUGACAGUGCUGGGCGACACCGCACAAGGGCAGCUUCGUAUACUCUUACGUGCACAUGCCUGCUUGUUGCAAUCUCUGAGCCAUCAGGAACCAGAAACUGUGGCAGGAGAUCCACUUCAUUCAGAGAGCCACUGCCUGCACAUCUUGCUCUGCCUGGCGUAACAGACGGAACAGAAACGGUGUUACGACCAGCACGUCAUGCUGCAGGGCCGGCUGGGUGGCUUGUUUCCUGCCUGGAAUGAAUAUGACACUGUUCCCCCGCCCAGCAGGCUCUGCUUUUGUGGCUGCUGCCAGCCAGCCUGCCUGCCUUCCUCCAGCCAGCCAGUUUUAUCCUAAAUCAAUAUCAGAAGGUUCUGAGGGCGUGAGCUGAGGCAGCAGGCCAGCCUCUCCUUCACAUUAUCGUGGAUUCUCAGGGAAGGACGCCUAAUAUGUGUCCGGAAACCAGCUAACGCCAUCCUCUGGAGUCCAACUGAUUACGGCUGCAAGAUUCCUGCCCCUUCCAAGGUGGGCUCUGAUAUGUGGCCGCUCCAGGUGCUUCAUUAAAUGAGGGCCAGCAAGCGGUUCUUCCUUUCUGAUGAGGCCACUCCACUAUCUGCAGGGCUGCAGACGAGGUGUUCGGCUGGAGAUUGUCACCCUCUGCCUGGCUGCCGGGUGGGCUUUCCAAACCCAAGGAGGAGAAGCAUCUUUGCUAGUGUCACAACCCAACCUAAACACCACCGUGAAUAGAGACAUUUUGCUGUCGGUGGCCCAUACCGCCAGGAAUCCCCCGGUCAUCGAGUGGAAGCACACUUCGCCCAGGGGCACGACUAAAAUAGCCGAGUGGAAGCCGGGCAGUUACACCAACAUAUCCCUCAGUUAUGAGAACCGCGUCAACACUUACGAGAAUGGCUCUCUUCAGCUGCUGCAAGUGGAGAUGACAGAUUCCGGUUAUUACUUAGUCACGGUGAGGGACGAGUUCGGAAACACCAUCUAUGGCACCAUCCUAUUGAAUGUUUAUGAAAUUCUCUACGAAGACUUGCAUUUCGUUGCUGUCUUUUUCACCUUCCUCACAGCAGUGUCUGCCAUCCUGGUCUGCUUCAUGUGGUUGUGCAAUAAGUCCAUAUACUUGAUUCAGAAUGAGCAACGGCAGCUUAGAGAAAGCACCACAGAAGAGACAGAGCUGCAAAUGAUGGGAUGUUAGCCAAGAACUACUGUAAAAAAGGCAGCAGUUGAUUAUCUACCUCAAGAGGGAAUGAGAGUACAAGAGCGGAGCCGGAUCAUCAGGCACAUCAAAUAUUUUGCAAUUUCUUUGCCUGCACAAUGCCUUCUAUGUAGAAGAGAUAACAACACUCAAUUGAAAAGACAGCCAAGUAACAAAAGGCCAUGAGAAAUGCCAUCACUGCAGUAGCCCCAUUUAAAAUGGGCAUGUUCCAAGAGGACAGAAUGCUUCUGUUGUUUACUCUGUAUGUUCUUAAGAUACCUAACUUUGCACUGAUAAUGUCAAAGAUUGCAUGAUGGUAAAGGCACAAAGAUUUACCAUCUUAGACAGAAAAUGCUCUGCAACUCCCUACGCUCCCCAGCUAGAUUUUGACGCAUAUGGGUAGCAGAAGGAAUCACUGCACUGGAAAAAAGUGGGAACUUUCGACCUUUUUCAAAUACAUUAAACAGUUAAUGGGCAUCUGGCGACCGGUCAUGACCCUGCACCCUUCUCCAAACUGCUGGUUUGUUUGGAAUUGUUCCUAUUAGUUCAUGUGUGCUCAUUAGCCCCCUGACAUUGGUCAGUAACAAAAUGAACACUCUUUAUUUCCCGCAUUUGUAUUCCCCUUUUUCUACAGCAGUCAAGGCAACAGCUGUUGGGGCAAUCGCAUUUUAUUCUUGCGACAAUCUUGUGAGGGAGGGUCAGUCCGAGAGUGGCAUGUCACUUCAUGGCAGAGUUUCUAGCCUGGGAACUACAAUCCAGUAUUGUGGUCAUGGCUUGAAUCAACCUUUUACAUGCUAUCUCCUAAAUCUAUGUAACUUUGAAUUGUGGUAGCAUGAGGCAGCAGUCUAUGAAUUUGUAAAAUAUUCUGCACUAGUGGCAGUGAUGCUCAAACUGUCCUUAGGUGUGGGUGCUACUGAAUGCUGAAACUGGCAAAGGAACUUUUAAAGUCUUUUGAUAAUUAUUAAGAAAAUGUGGUGCUAGAACCAUUUGACAGCAUCAAUGCUCUCAUUUUAAAAUUAGGGUAUUUCAUGCUGCCCAAUUCCAUACAAGUUAUGGCACUUGUUCCUAAAUUCAGUGUCAACAGGCAUUUGGCUAUGAUCCAAGUGGUAUAUGUAUAAACACAGUGCAAAGCUAUUCAGUGACAUUUCAAUAAAACACCACCAUUGUGGCGUUGUGGGGAUCCCUAAGCACCCCAAAAUAAGCAUAGCCGUAGUGAAGAACUAUUUCAAGGCCAGAUACAUUCCUGUAGACUUCUGCAUACCCCUUAAUGUGAGCAUAC